UUUAUAUCGCAAAAGAAUAGAAUUUUCCCCCUUCUGUCAUCUGACUAGAGCCAGUCCGAGUUAUUUCUGGUUCUGGCUUUUUCCUUUUCCCUAAAGAUCGCCCAUUGCUACCUCGAAUCUGCCAGCCAUGGCACCCGACGAACUCCAAGCUCUUGUCACCGAGCUCCACGGCAGUCUUCAAAAUGAGCAGCUCGACCAAGCUCUUGCGCUUCUUAGCCGUUCGAAACUAGCACUGCUACAGCUAAAUGCCCUGAUUCCCACAUCCUCCACCCCCCCAAGACUUUUCUCUCUUGCCCGCGAAAUCCUGGAGCUAGGCGCCAUUACUUCAAUACGUCGAGGCGAUGCCCCAUCGUUCACCAGAUAUUACCAACAACUUCAGCCAUUUUACGACAUCGAGCGACAUAUUAUUGCGACGCAGGGAAGUACAUCACAGAUCAACGUACACACAAGUCAGAGGAGCAAGAUCACCGGGCUUUAUUUGCUUUUGUUGUUGAGCAUGGGUAAUAAUACCGAUUUCCACACAGUAUUGGAAGGUUUAGUGGAAGAAGCCUCUAUUCAGGGUCGCAUAGUAGAAGAUGAUCCAUUCAUCAAAUACCCUGUUGAACUGGAGAGGAGUUUGAUGGAAGGAAGUUAUGAUAAGGUGUGGAGGGAAACCAAGCUGGAGAAUGUCCCAUCUCCGGAUUUUGGUUUGUUUUCUGAUAUCCUUAUUGGGACGAUUAGAAGUGAGAUUGCGGACUGCUCGGAGAAAGCGUAUCCAUCUUUGCCUAUUUCCAAUAUAAAGAACCUCCUAUUCUUCAACUCUGAAGGCGCCGUUAUAGAAUUUGCGAAAGAGCGAGGCUGGACUCUUAAAGAUGGAAGAGUAUAUUUCCCGACGCAAGAAGAGCAGACCGACGAGGAUGCCUCUCAAUCCGAAAAGCAAAUUCUCCUGACGGGAGGCAACGUCAUUGAGAACGCGAUCGGCUACGCAAGACAAUUAGAGACAAUCGUCUGAUAUUCACUCGUAGAACGCUUUUCGCGGGGUGGGGCAUGGGAGAUGCAAUGGCCAUGGAUUGUAUCAUACAUCUCUGUUUCUCCCUUGUCUUUGCAGGGAUAAUAUAAUCCUAGUUUUCGCAUA